UAAAAAAAUAAUGUGAGCUAAAUAAAUACACUUAUGUAAAUAAAUGCACUUAUAUUCAUCAUAUCAAUCAAACAAAAUAGUGAACUACUACCACCAUCAUAUAUCAACCAUCCAACGGACGAGGACCACCCAUCAUCAAGAAACAAUACACUGAGCCACAUUGGAUCAAACCACCUCCCACACUCUCUGCACGACCGCCGCCACCACUGCAAGCAGCACACUGCAUUACCCCUCCCAGUUCACUUAGCCCCGGCAUUGCUCCCUCUACCCUAGCAACACCAUCCCUUCAUCACUCCUUUUCCCUAUCCCUCCAUCUUCCCAUUCCUUGUGUUAGGGUUUGAGGUAUUCAGUCUCAAAUGGCACCAUCUGCAGCUUCCGAUUCUCCUACAACACCCGACAAUGCAGAACGUAAUCUCCAGCCUUUCUUCGUUCUUCACAAAGCGUCACUUCGUAGUUCCGAUAGAAAAUCGGCAGGAAAAACCAGUACCAAGGCCAGAACCAGAAGAAGAAUAGAUUUAACCCCGACUUCUGAGCAAUCCGAGGCUGCCUUUGCAGGAGAACACUAUGAUGAUCAUUUGCGAACUGAGACUUUCAAUCGCAUUUGGUCCAAAAUUGAGUCCACCAUCAAGGAUGUUUUGAGGAAUAUCAAUGCUGCCGUAUUCAAUGAUAUAUGUUGUUGGGUUCAAGAGUCAUUCCAUGCAAUUCGUUCAUGUGGAAUGCCUGAUAGAGCUAAAGCCACUCCUUCGUACCCCAUUGUCAUGGAUCCUUUAUCUAAGCAGCUUUGCACUGGCCUGGUCUUCACCAAGAAUAUGGAAUUUGUUGAUGAUCUAUUGACAUUUGAGGACCUUGGUCUACAUUUGAGAUCUCACGGGUGCCAUGUGGCUAACCUUUCAUCAUUUGACUUCUCGGUUAAGAAUGGAAUUGCCGGUUGUCUCAGAGGUUUAUUGAGACAGUUUCUAAUGGUUGGCCUGGAUGUGGCUGAUAUGUCUAUCUUAGCAUCAUGGUACAUUGAACAAGGGAACUACGAUAACCCAAUGGUUGUGAUUAUUGAUGAUAUGGAGAGGUGCUGUGGGUCUGUCUUGACUGACUUCAUCCUCAUGUUGAGUGAAUGGGUAGUUAAGAUCCCAAUCAUCUUGAUAAUUGGGGUUGCGACAACUGUUGAUGCCCUAAGAAGCAUACUUCCUUCAAAUGCUCUCAAGUACCUGUCCUCUCGUAAGUUUGUUUUGGGAUCUCCAGCUGAGAGAAUGGAUGCAAUCAUUGAGGCUGUCCUUGUGAAACAAUGUUCUGGGUUUAGUGUUGGCCACAAGGUGGCAAUUUUUUUGAGAAAUUAUUUCAUAAGACAGGAUGGAACGCUGACCUCAUUUGUCAGAGCUCUCAAGAUAGCAAUUGUCCAGCAUAUUUCCAUGGAGCCUCUAAGCUUUAUACUUGGUGGCUUAUUUAAUGAACAUAGUCAGGAUUUAUUGAGUGAAGGAUUGCCCAAAAUGUUUUUUAAGCGGGCUUUUGAUCUUCCGUCUUGCAGGAGGAAUGAACUGGCUGAACCAAAUGGAGACAUUUUGGUUCAGGGCUUGUCUGAUUUGAAGAGAUUGCAGAAGUUAUGGAGUUCUGUACUUAUGGCACAAACUGUCUGCCUCCGCCCUUUUUCAGAAAGAACUAGAUUGCUUUCAGAAGUAACUUUGUGCCUGUAUGAAGCUGGAAAAAGUCGUAAGAUUCCCAUGUUAGACUUGUACUGUGAGGCACUUGAUCCGGACUUACACCACUCGAGGGCUUCUGAUCCACACUUGGGACUAGAAAUAGAUGUUCGAAUGUCUUCAAGUGACCACCAUGUGCAUGGGCGAUUGCACAAUUGUGGUUUUAUCCCUCAGGUGAUCCGCAUGGUCAGGGAUCUAUCGGCAGUGCCCCUAUGUCAGUUGCUCAACAGUUGGGAAAAACAUACUGAGGGCAUAGUUGAGAUCCAUGUGAAAGUCCGGGAGCUGCAAUCUUUGUUGAAAUUUGAGGAAGAUAGGGGUUUGAAGCAAGAUUCGACAGACAUAUCCAGGAGACAGAAAACUCGAAGGUAUUUGAAUAUUGAAAAGGAUGCAAAAGCAUUGAAUGAGAAAGCUGCUGCAUUGAUUAAUUGCAUGGUGAAGAAUUAUAUGAUGCCCAUUGAGUCCAUACCUUUCCAUGAAAUCAUCUGCUUUAAGAACGUCGACAAACUUCAAGCAGUCUGGAAUGAGACUUUGUUGGAAGUUUGAUCUUACCGAAUUUGAACACAUAUUCCUAUGUAUUUGAGUAAAGUUUUAAAUGGUCAUUUUCUUUUAUGAGAAGCAGAGUUGGGGAAGGUGGAGCUAAAAUCUGGCCUUUACUCCCAUUAAGUACAGAUUUGUUAUUUGUCUUCACCUGCUUGAACUUUCAACUGAAGCACUCUUUUAUUGUAGGUGCAAACUAACUAGAUAUGCUGCAUUAUUAACACAAGCAAGCAUUCAUGAAGUCUACUUUUCAUCACAGGAUCAUGAUGACCAAACUUGGCUAAUAGGUUUAUGGUGUCCAGCAAACUACUUAAAGCAAAUCCACUGCAGUUCAGUUAAUUACUGUAGUGGAUACUGAGAAUCCAUGGAAAUUACAUUGUGGGAGAUAUUAGCAUUGUAUUAUACCAAACCAAACUAAGCCUUGUGUUUUAAUCAAGUUUGGUUGGCUACAUGAAUCAUUUUUCUUCAUUCCACUCUAUCAAUGGCUAUUUGCUUAGUUAAAUUAAAUAAAAUCAUAUAUUUUUUUUACUACUACAUUCAAUAUCAAUUUAGUUCUUCCCCUCUCCCUGACAUUUUCAUUUAAAGUGAUCAUAUCACUUUUCCUCACCAUUGCAUCUACAAGUCUUUGAUGUACAUGACCAUACUAUCUUAACUUGUUCUUUUUCAACUUAUCUUCAAUUGUUGCUAUUCAAACCAUUUUAGUAUAAAUAAGAGUUACUGAGAGAGAGAACCCUAAGUAAUUCUUAGCACACUGUCAUUCUUUCUCUUUUCUUCUAUUUUAUUUCUUCUUAUUCUCUAAAUCUAACUUGCUAUCAGAGCUCAAUCCGCGUUCUUCCUGUUCCUUUGCUCUUUACAGCAGGUCUUAUUUUUCUCUUUUUCACCUUCUUUUGGAUUCAAUAAAUAUAUAUAUAUUCAAUAUGGUCGACUAUGGCUUCUUAGACUAUAGAAAAAUUUCUGAAUUUUUGGUAAAUUGAAGACUUAUUUUUCCAAAUUUUCCUUAAUUUUCAAAAUUUAGGGUGCUAUUUGUUUAAAUCUAUUGAUUGGGGCACUUUCUGGUUACUUGGAAGUUUCGAUCUACCUAUAUGGGGGCCAACUAAGCCUAUGGAGGCUUUCCCUUGUUUCAAAUUUGUUUUUUUUCAAUAUGUUUUGGUAUUUUUUUGCCAAAGCAAUCUCAGGUAAAGCUUUUUCUGCACUAUUAGGCAAUGGAAUAACAAAUUCUUUCAAUCUCUCACACCUGUCACAUGUUUACUCCUCUCUAACAUGGAGAGACAAACACAAGUUGCAAGAAUACAUGUAGAAUGGCGUACAAAAACCCAAAUAAAAUAAAAUAAAAUAAUCGGGGUAAAUUUUGAGAGUUGAAACCUAGGCAGACUGAAACUUUUAUACCAUAUUAGAUACUCAGUUUUUCCAAAAGGAUGAUGGUUAAAAAUGUCCGGCUCUUGCUAGUUUGUUAAUCUAUAGAGAUUAGUUGUUUUGAUUCAAAAUGGAUUUUUGAUUUUAUUUUUUUGUUUGUUUUUGAAAAUGGGUUGGGAGAGGAAAAGAUGAGAUUAAUUUGGUUUUCUUGUAAUUUAUAUUUAGUUAUUUAUUUAUUUUUAAAGCCUCUACAUGAGUAAGUCAAUAUUUUCAAUUUUGGAUUCUUUCAAUUCCUUUAAAGAAUGUUCAUGCUAUU